AACGCAACCAAACCGCUCUCGCUCUCGGCUCUCGGCUCUCCACCAGUCUCCGCUCUCUGGACGCCGGAAAUGCAGAUGGACUCCUACAACUACAACUACGCCAGUUUCUUCCACGACGAGGCUCCGUCCUUCUACCCGCACGUUGCGGUGCCGCCCUCCCCGGAGCUGCCCAUCGGCCUCAUUGCCUCGCCAGGGGAGCCGGAGCCGCCCUUCGCGCCGCCGAUGCCGGCCUCGUUCCAGGACUACACGGGCGCCGUGGGCGUGGGCGUAGGGGUGAGAGCGCCGUUCGGGGGUGCCAGCGUGCACGGGCAGGCGAUCGACGCGCUGGGCGGGGGCGACGGGCAGCGCGAGCAGAGCAUGGCAAUGGCGGAGGACGGGGAAGAGCCGGCGCCCCGGCGGCGGCAGCCGGCGGGAGGCCCCGCCGCCGCCGCCGUCGAGAGCAGCCGCGGGUUCCGGCACAUGAUGCGGGAGCGGCAGCGGCGCGAGAAGCUGAGCCAGAGCUACGCCGACCUGCACGCGCUGGUGGCGGCCCGGUCCAGGGGCGACAAGAACUCCAUCGUGCAGGCCGCCGCCGUGUACAUCCACGAGCUCAGGGGCGCGCGGGACCAGCUGCAGCGCCGGAACGAGGAGCUCAAGGCCCGCAUCCUGGGCCACGACGCCGGGCAGCAGUGCGUCAAGGUGCAGUUCGAGGUGGACGAGCCGGCGUCCGCCAUCGACUCCAUGAUCGGGGCGCUCAGGCGCCUCAAGGGCAUGGACGUCAGGGCCAGGGGCAUCCGCUCCAGCCUGUCCGGGCGCAGGCUGUGGACGGAGAUGAAUGUGGAGACCACGAUGGCGGCCGACGAGGUGGAAAGGGGCGUGGAGGAGGCUCUGCUGCAGGAAGUGGAGAGGAAGCAGCAGCAGCAGCUUGGAGCUGGGAGCGCCGCCCCUGGUUUUCCAGGCCCGUCAUCGCACGUGCAAAACGUGUUUUGACACGCGAUCCUCCCCCACAACAAGAAGCGAAAAAGAAACAUGAACCCCGAGCCUCAUUUCUUGAUUCUUUUUUCUUUAAGAACCGGAUGCGCAAAACGAGCAUCCGCGUCCCUGGCUCUAUUGAUUUAUUUUUAAGUAGAAAUCGGUGCUGUUUGUGUACAAGUGUUGUCGCAGCCUCCAAGUGGGAUUUUGAGCACGUGUAUAAAGUUAUAGGGCUCGUGUUCUUACAACACACACACACAAAAAAAAAAAGAGACGUGCGGACAGUGAGGACUGAGGACAUGUGGGCAGGGAUCAAGUGGGCCGGAGGAAGCGGGCGAGAAAUGGGGUCGAGGGACAGGCACGUUCCGGUCGUGCCGUGUGGAGAUUCCUAGCCGCGGCGGCAACCGGUCACCAGUGUGCUCUCGUUGUCCUUGGUCUCUACUACUCCUGCUACAAAUGGUGACGCCUUUAUUUUAUCGUGUGGAGUGGAUGUAAAUGGACGCCACCACAAUAAAUUAGAGUACUAAAUUAAUUUUAGUUUAAAAAUAAAUAAAUAAAAAUAGAGU